AUGCUUUUCGUCCAUCAAGCGCCACGGAUGUGGCAAGAUCCCAAAGGUGCCACAGCCACACUUCGUGGUGCCAGUGACCGCCCCAGAAGCAAAAGAUCUGGCAGCGCCGGAUCUGGACGUCGUCCCAGCAGUGCUGUGGGCGGAGGUGGAGACGGUCCGCAUCGGAGACACGGUAGCGAUCGGCCCUCGCGGCCAGGCAGCGCCUCCGGCAGUGCCCGCUUCGGCACGGCACUGCGGACCUCAUCGCCACCGGGCAGUGCACGGUCACAGACACCCGUUCUGGUGGCCACCAACAGCGAUGGAGGCGGCGCAGGCGGCAUGCACUUCCGAGUUUCCUCAGCAGGCCGAACUUCACCGAAUCGACCUAGGACACCUUCGUCGCAACGGCGUGCACAGGCACAGGUGGCGCAGGGCAAAGAUGCCACGAGUUCAGUGACCCGUCUCGAUGGUCAGAGUGAUGGUGGAAGUACCCCUUCUGCAGCUCAGAAGGGCAAUGGCAGUUUGACAACUGUGAUUUCCUCGGCUCUCGACUACAAGCGGUUUCUGGAUCGGCGGAAGCAAAUGAUUCAGCAACAAGUUGAGUCAGCGCAGCAGGCGGACAACAUCGGCGCGAAGGCUGAGCCGCAGGCCACAGCGGAGCCAGAAGAGGUUUCACGCCCUGCGGUAGGUUGGAACGCGAGGCCAGCAGGCCCCGUGAAGGGCAACCAUGCAGCGCACGUCGCCGUAGCGCAGGCGAUCCCCACAAAGCGACCGAGCUCCUCAGGCACAACAGCGACCACAGCCUCCAAGGGCAGUGGUGAAGAUUCACAACCAGAGGACUCGGGGACUCCCCUGUCAGCGCGCAGCAACACCAAUACCCACCUGUUGCGUCGAGUUUGCGUCAUGCCAGAGAAGCGCGCCCAGACGCCCACCACCAGACCGGGAUCAAGCUCGGGAGGCGAUAGAUCAGAUAGCAUUGGACGAGUGAGUCGAGUUUCACUUCCUGCCGGCGGUGCUCAUCAAGCUUGUCGAAGUUUGGGACAGGCUGAGCAGCGCGGUGAGAUCCUGGGUGGCGCCUCCAAGGAUGCCACCGAGACUGUGGAAGUCUCCGGUCGCAAGCAGCGCGAUUCGUUUGACGCGCUUCUCAAGGAUGAUAUGAGUGAUGGCCGGCCAAGCACAAGCACAACACUCUCAGGCAGUUCGUUGGAUGACUACAUCGUGGGGAAGCAGAUUGGCCAAGGAGCCUAUGCCACGGUGGCCUUUGGAUUGCACAAGGAGUCCAGCAAGAAGGUCGCCAUCAAGAUUUACGAGAAGUACAAAUUAUUGGACCCGCAGCGCCGGAAGAGUGUGCGCUGUGAGAUUCGGCUGAUGGAACGCCUGCGGCAUCCAAAUAUCGUGGAGUUUCAUGAGGCGCUGGAUACGCCAAAACAAAUCUAUUUGAUCAUGGACUUUGUGAGUGGCGGUUCCCUACAUCACUUCUUGAAGAAGCGCCCGAACCGACGAACUGACGACCCGCUGGCGAAGCGUUUGUUCUUUCAGGUGUGUCAGGGCAUCAAAUACCUCCAUGACCGCCACAUUGUGCACCGCGACGUGAAGUUAGAGAAUCUACUUCUUGACGAGCAUGGGACAGUGAAGAUUAUCGAUUUUGGCUUCUCCACCAUCGUGCCUCCUGGAAAGAAGCUGAAGGUCUUUUGUGGAACUCCUUCCUACAUGGCCCCAGAGAUUGUGGCCAGGAAAGAGUACACCGGCUUCUGUGCAGACAUUUGGGCCAUGGGCGUUUUGCUCUACGCCCUCCUCUGUGGGAGCUUCCCUUUCAGGGGCCAAAACGAUCGUGACCUCUACCGCAAAAUUGUCCGUGGAGUCUUCCACAUUCCGGACUUUGUGGGCGAAGGUGCCAAGUCGAUGGUACAAAAGGCGUUGACCACAGAUAUGCUCCGUCGGCCCACCGUUGAUGAUCUCCUAGCAGAUGCCUGGCUCUCUGCCCAUCGUGAAGAGGUUCAUACUGGCAAAGCAGUGGCCUACCAACCGAACUGUUCGACCUCCAGCACCUUGACCACCACAGCCCCAUCCAGUGGCAGUGCCCGCGAGACCAGCGGUGACAGCCCCCGGUCCCGGACCUAUGCCACGCCGCCCCCGGCACCGGCCCUGGAGCGGGGCGACCGGGGCGACCGGGACCACAAGGAGGAGAUCAAUGGAAUCAAGGACCAUUCGGUGGCCAGGACAGCCACACAGGCGUCAGAGGCGACCAUCACGGAUGAGCGCUACAAUCGCCGAGUGGAGGAGGAAGCCAUCAGCAAACUCGAACGCCUGGGAUAUCCACGAGAGGAAAUUGUGCGACAACUGAAAGAUCCCUCGUCCCACCUGUUUCGAAAGCCAAGAGCUGAAGUCAGCUCUUCCCCAUGUCGUCUGAUGGCAGCGCUCGGUGGAUUGCUUGCGGCCUUGCAGCAACUUCGUCGUGCUCCAGGGCCGUUGAGCACAGCCCUUGCACCGCUGCUGCUGGCUGAUUUGGAAUGGCUUGGGGACUCUGCCACUUCCGUGCGGCAGCUGGCUCAAGAGCUGCUUCGUCGAGAGGUGGAAGAGGAUGACGGUUGGGAGCUAGUGGAAGAGCUAACGCUAGAUGUUCCAGACACGAAGGAUCCGAAGGAUCCGUGGUUGGAGACUCUUCUGCAGCUGCUCCGCUGUCACAGCUGCAGUCGGAAGACAGGUGGCGCCUUCUGUGACACCCACGUCACCACUGUGGAAUUCCUCUUGGAACUGCAACCUCCACUGUUGGAGACCUCUGCUGGAAGGUGGCAGGAACUGAGAGCGGAUGACCCCAAAGUGCAGGAAGACAUCGACUCCUGUGAGGCCCUCUAUGGCACAGAUGCGGUGAUGCGUCAGGAAGAUCGCGUGGAGGUCAAGGUUGAGGAUGUUUCUGUGGUCUACCGCUUCAAUACGAAGGACCCGAUGCGAGUGGAAGUUCGAGGGGGGCCUGGUGCAACGACUGGCCAAGAACGCGUGCCCAACGCGGCCUAUGCUGUGUUGCAGAGUUUCCGCGGUGGCGCCUUGACGCUGGAUGAAGCCGUUCGCCUGGCUGCCGAAGCGCGGCGCUCGGAGCCAUCCACCUCAUCAUCGACCCCGCUGAUGUUGGCCACUCCCAGCAGUCAAUGGCUGGGGCUGAGAAAGGAGACAGCCGCAGUGAAGCUGGAUUUCUUCAGCCCAAAGGAGGCUGCAAGAGAAGCCGCUCAAGUUGUGAAGAAAUACCUGGAGCAGCACAAGACUUUCAAGCCUGCUGGCUCAGCCGAAAGCGUUGUGAACGAAGGGUUGGCCACACGUUUUGCGGAGAAGUUGGCCCAGAUGCGCUGCGACAGUCAGGGGCAGUUUGUGACCCCUUCGCUGGUCUUCCAUGGGGCACCUUCCCAGGAGGUGCUUCGCAGCAUUUGUCGCCGUGGCUUCCUGAUGCCUGGAGAUUGGAUUGAAGGCACUCCGGAUUUUCUGGAGGUAGAACACGGCAACGUCAAAGGCCUGGGUGUUUAUACGUCGCCGUGCCUCGACACUGCAGCAAGAUAUUCAGGAGUUUUGGAUGCAACAGGUUGUGGUUUGGUGUUGGUGGCUUUAGCGGCCCCGGGCAUUUGUUGGUACGAGAAGAGCCGCCAGCAUACUCAGCAGCUGAUUUCCAACUGGUUCUUCCCUCGGGCUCCAAAGGUGGGCACCGAGCACAAUGGUUGGGUCUGGCUGGGUGAUGCCUGGCAUGUCAAAACCGACGGCACAGCCUCAAGGAGCGCCCUGGCCGACGUGGCCUUCGCCCCCGGCACCGCUGCGUGUUACGACGGCGCGUUUCACUCGCGGCGCUUCGGGGGCGGCACAAAGGUCUCGGAGGAGUUGGUCUUGGCCUCGGUGGAUCAGCUGCUGCCACUGCUGCUGUUGCCCUUCGCAGCCCGUCAAGACUUGCAAAAGGCGCCGCUGAUGCCAUUGCCACGGCUGAAGAACAAUGGCCGAAGGCGACGCCAGCUGUGCGGAUCCAACAUCUACAGGUAUCCUUCCGAGGAGCUGCCAGAGAAGGAGCUUCUGUGCUCCAAGCUGCUGGAUGCCGAAGAAGCCAAGGAUCAGCUGUGGGCAGUGCAUGUUCCGGUGAGCCAAGGCGCAAAGUCAAGUGGAAGGAACAUGAAUGCCAUCUUCCUGGUGGACGAGUCUCUGGCCGGCACCGAGUUCAAAUCCCAGGUGGUUAGCCUCGUGAGUUCCUUAAGUGGCCAGCUGCAGGCGGUCUCUGCAGCUGCAACCUUCAACAGUAGUGGCAUCGCGCAGAGCAUUUCCUUCCUGCCCUGCGAGACUUUCCAGGCAACUUUCAACUCCAGAUGGCCACCUACUGCACCAGGUGAGGCGCUGGGUGACCUGGCCUCUGCAGCGGAGUACGCCACAGAUGCCGCCAUCGCAAAGCUGGUGAAGGACACGGAGCGACACCUGCAAAGCCUAUCACCCUGGGUCUAUCUGCGCGCGGGGCAGCAGCUGGAGAGUCGUCAGAGGAAGACGGCCACGGUGGUGCAGGUGCUCUUCGACAAGUCUGAGCCGAUCAGCCUCGAGGUCGAGUGGGCCGCUGGCAAGAGGCAGACAUCAACCAAGCUAAGUACGACAAAAGUCAACGACGAGAUGUUUCUGCAUGCGGAGUUCCAAGAGGGAGUGUCCCAUGAGUUCUCCGCGCGGAAGUUGCCGUGGACUGCAACGCCAGCAGAUGUGGCAGCAGAGACGCGCUUCGUGAUUGUGCUGUUGUCCUCGUUUACAUCCAAAGAGAGAGGCAGCUCAGUGUUGGGAAGGUUGGAGAGUCGCUUGCAGAGCUGCAGCACACAGUUGCGAUGCAGUGGCUGUUGCACCACCAUGAUUCCCUUGGUCCUGGGUGGUGGUGCAGCAGGGCUCCGCCUGGCCACCCACCUCCGAGAUGCUUUGUCCACCCGAUCUUCGUGGUGGAUGCCGUUCUACCAAGCAGACGCAUCCACUGCAGACACCAAGGCGGAGGUCACCCGAUUGAUGGAACGCAUCACUGAGGAUUUGGGCGGAUGGUUGAAGAGCUGGGACGAGAUUGAGGGCACCGCGCUAGUCUCCCUGUCCCUGGGCAGCACCGCCGCCAGCGUCAGCUGCGGCUUCCUGGAAAGCCCCACUGGGCCAGCCUCGUGGAAGGUGACGCUGCACUCUCCCGGGGAGGCUUCAGAGGCGCGCGGACAGUGCAUCUUGUACAAGGGCGAGCUUCCCCGGAGAGACAUCUGGGUGGAUGACGACGAGUAUCGCCUCGUCACCUGCGAGCCACCGGCCAUCAGUCUUACAACAGGGACCAUCGACCACUGGAGACGGGCGCUAGAGAUUUCUCUGGCGCUGGAGAAAUUGGCUCAGCAGCUGCGUGCCACAUCCUUAGCCUCCCUGGAUGGUGGACAGAUCUCCGACUGGGUGACGAAGCUUCGGACCAUGGCUGAAGCGCUGACGCCGCCCAGGCCAGACAAGAACACGCUUCAAGCCUUAAGCAGGUUGCCGCCUUCUGAGUGCGCAGCCAUGGCCACGCGGCUCCGAGGCUUGAGUGGUGGCCUGCAACGCACUGCCAACGCCAUCAAGGAUGCUGCUGAGCUACAUCAUGCGGCAGAGCAGGAACCCUCCAGCGCCGCCUGGCUGCGCCGUGCCUCGCAGAUGAAGUACGGUGUAAAGGUGCUUCAGAGGGCCAAGAAGAACUUGGAAGCUGGCGAGGAUCAGGACCUUUGGUUGAAGCAAUUGGACACCCUGACAGCCCUGCAGCUGCCUGUGAUUGAGCAAGAACUACCGUCAUCCAUGGUCACAGGCUGCACCAUGCUGCAACAGCAGCAAGAGUUGCAACGCCGUGCGCCAGAGCUCAGGAAGCUCCGGCCUUCGGAGGCACUCUACGCCUGCGGCGCCCUUGGGGUGGCGCUGCGCUGCCGCCGCUCCGACGCCGCGGAGGUGGAGCCCUGGCUUCUGGUGGUUGAGCAUGUCUCUCUAUCCUGGGUGGACACUGCCAGUGCAGCGCUGACGCUGGACUCCGGCUAUCACUUGCGUGACGAUGCGGGCGAGGUCGCACCAGAUGUGGCAGUGCUGGCCUGUGAGCCGCGGGAGUUUUACCACUGGUUUGUGACAUCUGAGAUGUACAAGAGUUAUUUGGCCAUGGUCUUCACGCGCAAUCCUUUGGGUCAAGUACCAGGUCAACCCUACGCGCUGCCAGUGAUUCUUUGGGUCAAGACGGCGGAGCUGUUGAUUGGUCGAGCUCCGCGAGAUGCAGCUGUGAUGCCCAAGGAGGAAGCCGAUUGGUUUCGCCACAUGCUGCGAAUACAUCUGAUGGCAAUGCAUACAGUGAAGCAGCUGACACAGGAUAGAGGCUCCAUGGAGCAGCUAGCUGAAGCACUCGGCAGCCCUGAACCAGCGGCCGCGCUCACGGAAGCUGAAGGAGGGCCCCAGUCUGUGUGUUUGGCACUGGCAGCCUGUUGCUUUGCCAAGAACGCCCUGCCGACGUUCUGGGGGAGCCGUGGCCUAGAGCGCGCCAAUUCCAGAACUCUGCAGCGUGCAAACUCCAAAAGCCUCGGCAGACAGAGAACCGCUGAGAUCGAGGACGCGGCCAAUUGGCCACGCCGCUUGCGUCGCUUGGCCCUGGCGAUGAUGGCAGAGGCAGUUUCCCGGGCUUGCCGACGGCUGGUGCGGUCUCUUUGUACUCCUGAGACUGAAGCCGACGUCCUGAAGAAGUUGCUGUGGAAUGCCUUAGGUGUCGAGGAGUCCUCCAUUGCCCAAGUGACACCUCCUGGAGCAUCGGAGCCUCCAGAGCUGGCGAAGCCGGAAGGGCACUCCGAUGACUGUGACGUUGCGCACGUCCAACGGCGCUCAGCGUUGCUGUUUGCACCGCAGGGGAAGUACUUCCAGGUGGCUUUGACUAAUUGCACACCGCAAGGGGUGGUUGGCACAUUGAUGAUCCGCAUGGCCUUGCUACAAGGGAAACUGGAUCCAACCGAUGACACCGUGGAGAAGCUCAUGCAGCAGUUGUGGCAGCGAGAGAUCUCAAUGAAGGCCUUCGUAGAAGCGGUUCUGCCUGGCGACGUGUCUCCCGGGGCCGUCCAGGCGGCUCUGUAUGUGCAAGGCCUUCGCUACCACAGUGCAAAGCAACGCCGUGGUGGCCUGGCUCCUCUGUCAGCACCGGAACAGAUCUUGCGCAGCCUGGCUCGUGAGCAACGACAUUUGGCCUAUUUGGAGCAGCUGCGUGCGAAGCUGCAAAGCCAAAGCAGUGGCGCAAGACACGCAGCACGUUCUGCUCAGAGGCAACUUGUGCUUUCCAGCUUUGGUCCAACGCAUGCGGGUUUGCCACGGCUCUUCAAUCACAAGGACGUGUCUGAUUUGAAUGCACUGCGGCCUGCCACGGAUCAGCUCGAGUUACUUCCCAAUGGAUUGCUGAAGCAUCACUGCUGCUUUCCAUCGUGCCCGCAAUAUCUUCAAGACUUGCGGACAGAGAAGGAUAAGUUGGCCGAGGUGUCGGAGCAAAGAGGACGGAACCUGGUGGUUGCGCAGCGGCGCCAUGGCCUCUUCAAACAUUUGGCUCCCAUGACUUGGGUUGAAGCGGGCCAGGAGGACGGCUAUGUGCCAAUGCUUCAUGCAGCGGCCCAUGCGGCCUUGCAGAAUCAGAAGGGAAAAAACCAGCAACACUUGUUACGAAGCAUCAAAGAGCAGUUAGAGAAGAGACUCGAGAGACUCUCAUCUUCAGGAGCUUCCGAGGUGCUUCGCAGCAAAUGGCUGGAGGACAUCUUGGAGAAACUGGCUAUGGAGAUGUGUCGGUGAUGGUAAUGAAAAGCACCCAUCGUCGCCUCUCAAAACGAGAUGGUGGGCCAAUUGGGAGCCUGGGAGCCUUUGAACUUCCAG